GGACGAGGUCGGUCUGUUUUCUGCGGAUUUUCUGAUCUACCAUCGUUCAUCGCUGUGAAGUGAAAAGAAAAAUUAGAUCCUGAAUUUCCGCAUUUUCACCGCGAAAAUCCGAAUUCUGAUCUUCGCAGCUCUGAACUUGAUCCGAAUAAUUUACAAUGGAAGCGCAACUAUUCAGCCAAAGCAGCUCCGUUCUGAGGGGAUACGAAGAUCUAGUGGAGUGUCCGUACAACCGGGCGCACCAGAUAAUGCAAUUCCGAAUGCAGACGCAUCUGACCAAGUGCCGCAAGAACUACAAGGAUCUCAAGUACGUGAAAUGCCCUUUUAACGAAACACACGACAUCCCGCAGAAGGAGCUUGCGCUCCAUGUAGAAAGUUGUGUUGAUCGCGAAUCUUUCGAUCGGUACAAGUUCUGUGUGGCAACAUCGGCGGCCACCAUCGUUCCGGAGGUCGCGUCAUCGGUGGACGAAUCCCUUGACAACAGAAUCAUGGGGAAUCCGGCGGAGGAAAUGUGGGACGAGGGACCCAUGGUCAGGGCCUACAAUCCCCAAGCUUACGCGGCGCGUUCCAACGUCAUUCGGAAGUGCACGGGAAUGGCUCCGUCGCAGAAGAAAGCCUUCAAGGAGGCUGAGCGCCAGCGUCUGGCGGAGCUCAAGCGUCGCUGCGAGAUUAAAACGGAACAAAAGUAGAACAUUUGGGAAUUGAGAGAUUUUGAGAAUCGGGUUGGUUGGAGAUAGGUGCAUUUCAUUAUACCGUCAGGUAAUUUCCAUUACUAUUUUGAGCUUUCUGUUGUUUUCAUUUAGGUCUUCACAACUGAAUUGUCUUUCUUCCCAUCCUGGUGGUCGUUUCGUUUGAUCAAUGAAUAUGAAUAUCUCUAAAUAGCAAUCACAUUGUUAAAUAAAGAAAGUUAAAUUAAAUCUUUCAAUGAUUAAAAAAAACGGAGAUGAAACUGCCUAGGGCUGAAAAUC